GUACCUGUUCCGUUGUUUACUGACCCAAACACUCCGCCGUUUUCACUAUUUAACUCGAUAACUGUUUGUAUAUAUUUGUCCGCUGAUUAGUUUGGUAAAUUGUCAGGAUGGUUGUAAUGCAUAGGUAUUCACUAUAUUUAUUUCACUGGCGUUCGAAAUGUUCUUUGUCACGACGAUUCACAAGUUCAUGUGUAUUUAACAGUAAGCAACAUACAGACAAUAAAUCCAUUACCAUCUUGGAUAAGCAUUAUCCCAGAGAUUCAGUAACUAACGUUAGUGAAAGUAUAGUUUCAAAAAUUGGAGAGAACCUUCACAACAAGAAACACCACCCACUUAACUUAAUUCGUCAGCAAAUACAGUCAUUUAUAUACAGCUAUUUUAGAAACUCACGAGGUAACCCUCUAUUUUCAAUCUAUGACAACCUUAGUCCUGUGGUCACCACAUGGCAAAAUUUUGACAGUCUUUUGGUUCCUACUGACCAUGUGAGCCGAAAAGUCAGUGACAGUUACUAUAUUAAUUCCAACUUGAUGCUCAGAGCCCACACAUCAGCCCAUCAGAGUGAUCUUAUACGAUCUGGAUUGGAUGCGUUUCUAGUGAUCGGUGAUGUUUAUCGCCGUGAUUCUAUCGACCAAUCUCAUUUUCCAGUGUUUCAUCAAAUUGAAGGAGUUCGACUCUUUACACAACACACGUUGUAUCAGAAUGACAACAACCAGUGUCUCUUUGAGGAAGGGGAAAGAUUGGAUGACAAACAAGCCUAUCACAGAAGGGAAAUGGUCAAACUAAUAGAAGAAGACUUGAAAACUUGCUUGCUAAACUUAGCAAUCCAUUUAUUUGGUACCAAUAUUGAAGUCCGAUGGGUUGAUGCUUACUUCCCUUUUACACAUCCAUCUUGGGAGCUUGAAAUUAAAUAUGAAGACAAAUGGAUGGAAUUGCUUGGAUGUGGAAUCAUUGAACAAGAAAUAUUACACACAGCUGGAGCGGGCACUCAAGUGGGCUGGGCAUUUGGUCUUGGGCUAGAACGUCUUGCCAUGUGUCUGUACCAAAUUCCAGACAUCCGACUGUUUUGGAGCAAAGAUUCUGGAUUCCUAUCACAGUUCCAGGUUGAUGAUCCACACACUCCAAUCACAUAUAAGCCUGUAAGUCAGUUUCCACAGUGCCUCAACGACAUUUCUUUCUGGCUUCCUGACAACUAUGAAGAAAACAACUUCUAUGAACUUGUACGUGAAAUUGGAGGGAACAUGGUUGAGCAAGUAUUUCGUAUUGAUGAAUUUUACCACAGCAAGAAGAAAAGACACAGUCAUUGCUAUAGAAUUGUUUACCGCCAUCUGCUAAAGACCUUAACUCAACAGGAAGUCAAUCUGGUUCAUCAAAAUAUCGAACAGGCUGUAGCACAAAGACUGGGUGGAGAGAUCCGAUAAUCUCCAUACUUCUGUUUUGAUGAAGCUUGUAGACAUUGCCCUCAAAACUAGGGCACCAUUUUAUAUUGCUGUGAUAAAACUUAUUAAAGUA